AUGGGACUCCCACUAUUCAUCGCUCCCGUCGAGUCAGACGUUCCCGCUCAAGUGGGCGACAAGUCCGCGGCCACUCGACAUCCUCGCUCUACCAUUCGUCGCGCCCGUCGCAGUGUCGACGCCCGCCCGUUCCGCCGUCGCGCCGCCCUACUCCGCGAUAACUUCCCCACUCCCGGCCCCGAACCUGUCCCGCGCGCCCGGUAUCCAUGGAUCGAGUCUGGCCACCCUCCGCCCCCGGAGGCAUAUGUUGCACCCCCCUCGAGGUCGACUCCUCCAGUGAACGACCGCCGCAACCCGGCUGCUGAAAUUGUCGAACGUGCAAACGAUGCACGGAACCGGCAAUUCGACGCUGAUGCCAGCGAAGCUCGGCUGAUUUCCCUGUACGGCGAUGAAUGGAUCCUAAACCGGAUGCCUAGACCUUCAGGGGCCAACGUGGCACCUCCGACCGGUGAAGAGGAUGUCAACUGGCAGGAACCCGACAGGGCUCAGCUUGAGGGCUCAUCAGCAUAUGCCGAUUUUAGAGAGCGACGGAGAUUCCGUCGUGCACAGCUCGAUCGCAUGUCGAUGCCCGCCCCGCCAGUUGCAGCACGCUUUGACCGCAGUCCUGAGCAUGCAACUUCCGCCAGGUUUGCGGGCCGUAUGCGUAGACCGGAAGUGGAACCGCGUCCAGAUCGCACAACGUAUAACCAGCGCGUACGCCGGAUGCGUCCGUUUGGACACUUGAUCGAGGCUUCUCUCGCAGACGGCCUCGGCGAUCGCAACAGAAGCAUCAGCCCUGAUGAGGAUGGCGUGUGGGAUACACUCCUGACAACGUUGACGCCGGACCCGCAGCCUCCCAGCGCUGGCUCGUCUUUCGCUUCGGCUUCUGCGUCUGCUUCUGCGUCGCAGUCACAGAGCGCCGGCGCGUCCUCCCGUACGUCUGUAGACAGACCUGAAAGGGCUGAAGAGUCUACCGAGCAGCCUUGCGAAUCUGGUCUUGACAACUCAGAUAGUGAAGGCCAUGAGGACUUGCACAUGGAAAGAGGGUGGCCGGAUCACUGGACGAUGAACUACCCGUCCAGACACAGGCGCUUUGUUGCAGAUUUGGACGCGAAUGAUCCGAGCAGGAUAUCCUUUGUUCGUGCAGACAGGCCUUUCAGCGGUCGCGACAACGAAGAGAUGCGAAGCCGUCGGCGGCUGGAGCUUGCUCGACACUACAGGAUCGCUACUCGUGAUCCCACUCCACUUCCAGAGCUGCUUGAUCAUAUUGUCAGAGAUUCAAGCGAGGAAUCGCGAGAUGCUGGCGGCCCAGGGGAAGGAGAUGGUGACACAGCCCCCCCGAGCCGCAACGACUCGUCCAACGACAAUGCACUGGAGGGCAUGCAGGAGAUCGUGCGGCAUCUCGCGCGGCGGCAAGACAUUCCCGAUGAGUGGUGGGCAGGUGCAGGACUUUCGCGGACUCUUCCCGAGGAAUCCUGA